AUGGCACCAUCCUCUUCACCUAAAAGUUCACUUGGUAAAAAUAGAUCACCGGCACCGUUAAAUUCAUCACAAGGUAACUCCAAAUCAACACCAAAUAACGCACCACCUCGUCUAGCUCCUAAAAGCAAAAAUAACUAUUACCCUCCUCAUUCACCUGGUCAUAGUAGUCGCGGAAACCAACACUCUCCGUCACCUCAUCGCAAAAAUGGCAGUCAUGCAUCACCGACCAAAAGUGCAGAGCAUUCUAUCAUAGUACCACCGCCUAAUAGUGGCGGUAGCGGUGGCAGUGGAUGGGGUGCAUCAUCCCAAAUGCAUCUAACUGCUAGUAGCGGUGGCAAUGGAUGGCAGCCAUCAUCCCAAGUGCCAGGACCGGUUUACAGUGGUGAGUCAAGCUACAAUUUUUCAGGCCUUUACCAACAUGGUUUGCCACCUCCUCCUCCUCCGGGAAUUCCUAUUGGAUUCAAUAAGAACAGUUUCACUUAUGAGGACCUGUCGAUUGCGACAAAUGGAUUUUCUGAGUCGAAUCUGAUCGGCCAAGGUGGGUUUGGAUAUGUUCACAGGGGUGUGCUACCAGAUGGAAAAGAGGUUGCAAUCAAGAGCUUAAAAACCGGUAGUGGACAAGGAGAAAGAGAAUUCCAGGCUGAAGUUGAAAUAAUUAGUCGAGUUCAUCAUCGACACCUUGUUUCACUUGUCGGUUAUUGUGUUGCCGGUGCACAACGGAUGUUGGUCUAUGACUUUGUUCCGAACAAGACGUUGGAAUAUCAUCUCCAUGGAAAUGAUGUUCCAGUCAUGGAUUUUGCCUCUAGACUUCGUAUUGCUUUAGGUGCUGCUAAGGUGCUUGCUUAUCUCCAUGAAGAUUGCCAUCCCCGCAUUAUUCAUCGCGAUAUCAAAGCAGCCAAUAUUCUCCUUGACGAAAACUUUGAAGCUAUGGUGGCUGAUUUUGGAUUGGCUAGGUUAUCCACUGACAACCACACACAUGUUUCGACUCGUGUGAUGGGAACAUUUGGGUAA